AUGUACCGCCGAAUACAACAACCGCUGCAUUUGUUGGCGUCAAGAAUAUCACGACAUUGUCCAAGGCAAAGAAUCCGUCCCUUUACGUCCCGCAGUAGGCGAGCGUUGGAUGAUGAUUCUUCUUCCGCAGCAGCAUGGAAAAUUGCUAUUGUGGGCAGUGGUCCAUCGGGUUGCUACACGGGCAAGUAUUUAUUGAAAUCGGAUGCAAUGGCAAACUCACAGAUUGACGUUUUGGACAGGCUUCCCACGCCCUAUGGAUUGGUGAGAAACGGUGUAGCACCGGAUCAUCCGGAAGUCAAAAGUGUCCACCAUGAUUUUGACAGUCUUUUUAUGAAGGAUGGUAAUGAGGAUAACGGCCAAAACCUGCUAAACUUUUAUGGCAAUGUCACUGUCGGUACGGAUAUUUCAUUGGAGGAAUUGAGAGAAAUUUACGAUGUCGUGGUACUUGCCUAUGGCUGUGAGUCAGUCAGACCCUAUGAUUUCAUCCAAAACUCCAAACUGGAGGGUAUUUUAAGUGCUCGAGAAUUCGUAUCAUGGUACAAUGGUCAUGUGGACUAUGAAUGGGUCGGACCAUUGGUAGAGAAAGCUUUAAAGCGUGGUAGUGGUCAGCAACAAGUUGUUGUCAUCGGGCAUGGAAAUGUAGCUCUGGAUUGUGCCCGAAUCUUGGCCAAGACGAGAGAGGAGCUCGAUCCAACCGAUAUUGCCGCGCGAUCUUUGAACAUUAUUGACCAACAAAACAGGAGAGAAAUCUCAGUGAUUGGAAGACGGGGACACGUUCAAGCGGCUUUUACCAUUAAGGAAGCUCGAGAGUUGACACGACUUGACGAUGCAAACUUUGUUGUUCGCAAGGACGAGUUGGAUAUGGGACGCACCGAGGCUUCAAAACAAGAAAUCAAUGCCGCAAGGCCUCGCAAACGAAUGGAGAAGCUAUUGACUGAUGCUGCUGCUGCUACUUCCGCCAUGAAGAAUAAUACGGAUGAUGAUGAUUCUCAAAAGAAAGCGGCAGAGGUGCACCUCAGAUUCUUGUUGAAUCCGACUAGCUUUGAAACCAAAGAUGGUUCCAGUCUGUCACAUGUCACGUGUGAACGAACACGUCUGGUUGGAGAUGCUGGGAGUCAAUCGGCGGAAGGUACUGGAGAGAUGGAAACCAUCGAGGCGCAAUUGGCUCUAGUCAGCAUUGGCUACAAAGGUGUCGCUAUUCCUGGAACUGAGGAAUGGUAUGAUGACAAACGAGGAAUAUUGAAGAAUACACACGGGUUGAUAGAAGGAUCCAAGGAAGACCUUGGUGGAUUGUAUGUUUCUGGAUGGCUAAAGAGGGGCCCAUCCGGCAUUAUUGGUACCAACAUCACGGAUGCGAAGGACACUGUGGCAUCUAUUCUUCAUGCGUUAAAGUCCUCUUCUCCUGUAGAUCCAAAAGAAGGAUGGAAAUCCAUCGACGAGACUUUGAAAGAGAAAGGAAUCAAUCCAGUAAAUUGGGAUGGCUAUCGCAGGAUCGAUGCAGAGGAACGAAGCCCUAGUCGCAAACGAAGUGAAUUACAACCCAGAGAAAAAAUAUGCAGUCGAGAAGAGCAGCUCAAAGCCGCAUUUUCGAGCUAA